AUGGUUGCCAUCAAGUCUGUCACUCUCUUCUCUGUCCUCGCUGCCUUUGUUGCUGCUGCUCCUACUCCUGCUGCUCAGGAGUCCAAGGCUCUUACUGCUGAGGAGAUUCUUGCUCCUUACGCUCCCGAGGUUGUCAAGCGUGAGGCUGCUCCCUCUUCUCUUCUUGACCUUUCUGCUGUCUCCACCCUCCUCCUUUCCAUUGUUUCUUUCCUCACUUCCACUCUCUCUUCCCUUGGUUCCCUUGACCUCUCCGGCACUCUUGCCUCUGUUGCCACUCUUUUGACCAACAUCACCACCGUUGUUGCUCAGCUCGUCAACACCCUCACUGGUGUCACUGUUGGCACUGGUCUUAUUGGCACCCUCAACAGCCUUCUUUUGACCACCGGUCUUAAGACCCUCCUCAACCUCCUCCUCACCAUUGUCAACCAGCUCGUUUCUGACCUGACUGGCAAGACUCUUGACUCUACCCUCCUCCAGGUUAUCACCACUCUCCGUGACACCCUCAACAGUCUUUCCACUGCCCUUGGCUCUGCUGGUCUUGGUGAUGGUGUUACCAGCAUCAUCACUUCCAUUGUCAACCUCCUUGAAACUCUUCUUUAA